CACGGACUCAAAAAGUAAUUUUACCCUUUUAUUUUAUUUUAUUACAUAUAUUAAAGAACAACUUCAAAGUACUGUAGCACUGCUACAGUGCGCCAGGAUAGUUUGUAUCAUUCUCACUUUUGCCACAAAAGUCUUCUGCUUAAUCCAAAAGAUCCACACACAUACACAUGUUCUAUGUUCCAGAGAGUCACGGUGAGAGAAAGAGAUGUGAAAGCAAAGCGACUUCCAUCGGCCUUUGCCGUUACGAGCGACAACGCAAUCCUCUUCAACAAUCCAAGAACCUCUUCGAAUAUCAUUCAUCGUCAUGUUCAUGUGGUCAUCUUCUUCACCACCAGAAACCCUCGGCGAUGGCGGCUAGGGUUUCAGUGAGCCGAUUGCAGGUAAUGUCCAGUGGACCAAAUUUGGGUAAUUUGUCUCAAAACAUAGCUCAGCGGACUCUGGUGAAGAAUUCGUUUACCAAUAUGGUUCCGACGAAACCCGUUUACCAAUAUGAUUCCGACGAAAUAGAAGGAGCUCCGGUCAACAAGUGGCUACCGACUUAGAUGAGGGUGUCGAUUAUCUUACUUAUCAAUUAAAUAGGCUAAGCCAACCUUCAAUGAUGAUGCUCGGUGAUUGGAACUGCUCAGAACCAUUAAGGUCUUCAUGAUGGCAGAAUAUGAUGGUGAAGGAUCAGUAGGAGUGUAGGACAUGAAGGAGUAUUUGCGCACGGGAACGAUGCAAGUCUAUUCGGGUGUGAUGAUUAAAGUUGGUUAUAUCAACAUAUGUUUUCUUCAUCACUGGUCCACAUCUCGGAGGAUAUUUCCUAACAGCUGAAACUGGUCUCCGGCGAUAGCAAAUCUCUUUAUACCUUUUAACACGCUCAUUUGUUACACCAUCUGAUGUUUUCUUCAUCACUGGUCCACAUCCUGGAGGAUAUUUUCUAAUAGCUGAAACUGGUCUUCGGCGAGAACAAAUCUCUUGAUACCUUUUAACACGCUCAAUCGUUAAGCGAUCAGUAAUACUUCCACAUGACCUCCCAAACGAUUUAUCAACAAUGUGGUUCUUCUGUAGAUCCACGUAUGUUUUCUUCCUCACCGGUCCACAACCUAGAGGAUAUUUUCUAACAGCUGAAACUGGCCUUCGACGAGAACAAAUCUCUUGAUACCUUUUAACACGCUCAUUCGUUACGCGAUCAGUAACACUUUCACAAACCCUCCCAAACGAUUCAUCAUCAACUCGCUUCUUCUGUAACUUACCAACUGACAAUUCAAUCUUUAAUCCGUCCUCCGUUUCAUACCAUCUUAUUUCUUUGAAACUGACUCCAUGAAUUUUCACUUCUGUAUAAGUACCUAACUUCCUUAUUCCCUCAUCCGAACCACGCCUUUCAGUAUUAACAAUUCGCGGUAUUAUGUCAAAACUCGAACCGCAACUUUCACUAGGCAAACAUUCGGUUUUUGUUUCAAGAUGGAUGAAAUCUAACACUCUUUUAUCAGCAGAACCGUCUUCCAGGCCCAUAUAACCGACAUAUUCACACUUCUUAGACAACUGGUUCCCUAAUGAUUCAUCAGUGACGUGAUAAAACGCUUCUGGAAAAUCACGUUUUGCAGAAACUUUUCUGGGUUUCCAUUUGCACCCGUUGUUGUAUGAAAGCAUUGAGUCACUGCAUUAACGAAUACAUAUAUUUUUAGAAAGUAAAUACAUAUACAUAUGAAUCAAAAACUAAUUAGUGUAGAUUGAUAUAUUAGAUUUGACUUCUUGAAUCCAGAAACAUUAAUGGUGAGAAUUGGUGAUUAUUGAUCGGUGGUGGGUUUUGGUUAAAUAGAAAUUUAAUUAGUAAACAAAUUAAUUAUUACGAGAAUGAGAAUGAAAUCGAAAUAUUUACCAGAAGUAGCAGAGCUUGUAAUUUGUAAACUCGAAAGUUAAGAACAAUGAUGGUUUAGGGUUAACGUUUGAAGAAUAUAUAGUUGCCUAAGGCAAUAUGUAGUGGGGCGCGACCAAGGGCCAUAGCGCCGCUAUGGCGCCGCCCACACCGCCCCCCCGGCGUUAUGACCAAAAAAAAAAGAAAAGCGUGAAAAAUUUCGCGGCGCGAGGAAGAAGAAACUUUGUUUUUUGACCGUUACCAAACGGUCAUAUGUUAAAAAAAAAAAAUUCAAUUUUUCUUAUUUUUCACACUAUAAAACCUCAUAUUCUUCCACUUUUUUUUACAACUCAUACCAUUCUCAUUCUCAUUCUUCAUAUAUUUUUAAAAAAGCUAGUCUCACUUUAUAAAAAAUGGGUUCUCCGUCGGAAGAGUCUUUCACCGAAAUUUACCGAAGAUAUUUUUCGCCCGACGAAGACGCGGCCGAGGAAGAAGCGGUUACGAGUGCAUGUACUUUUGUGCUACAAACAUUUGCGCACAUUCGGCCACCUCCCCCUCCACGACCCAUCUUGCGACGCACCUAUAUCUUGCGAGAUCGUGAAGCCGCGAACGAGCGUUUGAUGAAAGACUAUUUUGACGCGGCACCGGUUCACGGACCGAAUGUUUUUAGACGACGUUUUCGUAUGAGCCAAAGGUUAUUUUUGCGCAUUAACAAUGACUUGGAAAAUACGUACGAUUUCUUUAAGCAAAGAAUGGACGCACGAGGAUAUCUAGGCUUCACCUCAAUUCAAAAGGUCACAUCCGCCUUACGCGUAUUAGCAUACGGAAACACGUACGACAUCAACGACGAGUAUUUGAAGAUGGCGGAGAAAACAACCCGAGAUACCUUGGAACAUUUUUGCUAUGGAAUAUGCCAGUUAUAUGGAAAACGUUAUUUGAGAAACCCCACUUGGAACGACCUUCAAAAAAUAUAUGAGGUGCAUCUAGAAAAGCAUGGAAUACCCGGCAUGAUUGGUAGCUUGGAUUGUCGCCAAUGGCGUUGGUAUAAUUGUCCAACCGCAUGGCGAGGUCAACAUACGCGGGGUGAUCAAAAAGGGCCAACUUUGGUAUUACAAGGUGUUGCGUCAUACGACCUUUGGGUUUGGUCGGCCUUCUUUGGUGUAGCCGGGUGUUUUAACGAUAUUAAUACGUUAGAGGCUUCACCAUUAAUCGAGGGCUACAUUUCUGGAACUAUACCAAAGGCCGGCUUCCAUGCAAACGGGAACGAUUACGAGCAUGGCUACUACUUGGGCGAUGGUAUCUACCCCGAGUAUUCGAUUAUUGUUAAAACGUUUUCUGAAACUUUCGUUGAAAAAAGAAAGUAUUUUAAAAAAUUACAAGAGUCUUCGAGAAAGGACAUCGAGAGGUGUUUUGGGGUUCUACAGCAACGAUGGCAUUUUAUCAGGAAUCCUUGUCGCAUGUGGCAUAAGGAUAAAAUACGAAUGGCCAUGUAUGCUUGCAUCAUUUUGCAUAAUAUGAUCAUUGAGGAUGAUGGAAAAGCGAUAUGCCAAAACUAUAUUCCCGAAGAUUUGGUCGAACUACCCCAAGCGACAACGGAAGAGAGACUCGCAAAUGCUCAACUACUCCGAUCUAGAGAAAUACAUAACACGUUGAAGGCGGAUUUGGUUGAGCAUGCUUGGGCGAUUCGCCCAAUUCGAUCAAACAAUGAUGACGACGAAGAUUCCGAGGAAGAAGUGGGGGAGGAAUUCGAAGACGGGAACUUUGAAGACGUAGGUUUAGAUGCUGGAGAAAACGAAGAGGAAGAAGGAGAGAACGAAGAUGACACCGAAGAAUAAAUUUAUUUUUUAGGUGUAAUUUUUUUUUAGGUGUAAUUUUUUUUAGUGUAACUUUUUUUUUUAUUUUUAAUGUAGUGUUUUUUAUUUAAUGAAAUGUUUUU